UUUCAGUAGUCUCAACAAGCGCUGUGCAAACCAAUAACGCUGAAGGGGUGGGAAUAGCACAGAGACAGUGCUCAUCUGCCUGGGAGGCACCUUUUAUCUCUCUGCCUCCUGCUUACCCCUAGCCCAGCUAUUGUUUUCAUUCACAGCCCCCUCCUGCCCCUGGAAAGGUGUCUGGCUUUGUCAUUGACGCUGCUGCUGCUGCUGUUUGUCUUGCUGCUGCCGCUGCGUUCUGUCGUGUGCGACGUUUUCCCUUCCUCCUCCUUCUAUAGCUGCCACUGACAGGAUCCAGGAGGGACACGCCUGGCACAAGCGGGACACAGAACGCAUCUCGCUGGAGGGGAGGGGGAAUAAAAAAAAACACACACACAGACUGAAGAGGAGAGAAAAUCGUGAAAACCCAUCCAGCUGUGGAAUAAAACACUUACAGUCGUCUGGAUGGACCGAACCUAGAAGCUCUGCUUUCCCCCGAUCCAGAGGGAGGCGAGGAGAGCGCAUCGUCUGUCUGCUGGGAUUUCCAUUAUGAAAGGAGCUAAGCAGUAAAUUAAAAGGUGCAGGAUGAAAAGAUGGCGCAGGCACGACUUGUACCACCCGGACCUGACAGCUUCCGCUACUUUUCCAGGGAAUCUCUUGAAGCUAUCGAGAAGCGCAUCGCAGAGGAAAAAGCUAAAAAGCCCAAACAGGAACACAGAGAUGAUGACGAUGACAAUGGUCCCAAGCCAAGCAGUGACUUGGAAGCAGGCAAAAGUCUGCCAUUUAUAUAUGGAGACAUACCUCCGGGAAUGGUAUCAGAGCCACUGGAGGACCUAGAUCCAUAUUACAUGAACCAGAAAACUUUUAUAGUAUUGAAUAGAGGGAAGGCAAUCUUCCGCUUCAGUGCCACAUCUGCCUUGUACAUUUUAACUCCUUUCAAUCCUCUUAGAAAAGUAGCUAUUAAGGUUUUAGUACAUUCAUUAUUCAGCAUGCUCAUUAUGUGCACUAUUCUGACCAACUGCGUCUUCAUGACAAUGAGCAAUCCUCCGGAAUGGACCAAGAAUGUAGAGUACACAUUCACUGGGAUUUAUACUUUCGAAUCUCUUAUAAAAAUUCUUGCAAGAGGUUUCUGUUUAGAAAAAUUUACCUUUCUCCGAGACCCAUGGAACUGGCUGGAUUUCAGUGUCAUCGUGAUGGCGUAUGUAACAGAAUUUGUAAACCUAGGCAAUGUUUCAGCUCUUCGAACUUUCAGAGUAUUGAGAGCUUUGAAAACUAUUUCUGUAAUUCCAGGCCUGAAGACUAUCGUGGGCGCACUGAUUCAGUCGGUGAAGAAGCUUUCGGAUGUCAUGAUUCUCACAGUGUUUUGCCUCAGUGUGUUUGCACUAAUAGGACUGCAGCUUUUCAUGGGGCACCUAAGGAAUAAAUGUUUGCAAUGGCCACCAAUUGACUAUUUCCCUUUAAUAAAUAUUCCUCCUAUCCUGAAUGGCACAAUGAACAUACAUGACCCUUUUGGUAACACGACUAACAGCACAUUUGACUGGGAGGAAUAUAUUACAGAUAAAAAUCAUUUUUACAAACUGGAAGGACAGAAAGACUUCUUGCUCUGUGGUAACUCCUCAGAUUCAGGUCAAUGCCCAAAAGGAUAUAUUUGUGUAAAGACCGGCAAAAACCCUAAUUAUGGUUAUACAAGCUUUGACACCUUCAGUUGGGCAUUUUUGUCUCUCUUUCGCUUAAUGACCCAAGACUACUGGGAGAAUUUGUACCAACUGACACUACGAGCUGCUGGUAAAACCUACAUGAUCUUUUUUGUGCUGGUGAUUUUCCUGGGUUCUUUCUACUUGGUCAACUUAAUCUUGGCUGUGGUGGCCAUGGCUUAUGAAGAGCAGAAUCAGGCAACUUUGGAGGAAGCAGAGCAGAAAGAGGCAGAAUUCCAGCAGAUGCUUGAACAGCUGAAAAAACAACAAGAAGAAGCACAGGCGGCAGCUGUAGCAGCAUUAAACAUGUCUAGAGAGUACAGCGAAGACGGUGGAUUUGGACCCCUCUCCGAAAGCUCCUCCGAGGCCUCAAAAUUAAGCUCAAAAAGUGCCAAAGACAGAAGAAACAGGAAAAAGAAAAGAAAACAAAAAGAACUUGGUGAAGAAUAUGAAAAGGGGGAUGACGAGAAGUUUCCAAAGUCUGAAUCAGAAACAAGCAUCAAAAGGAAAGGGUUCCGUUUCUCUAUAGAAGGAAACCGGCUGACUUAUGAAAAUAAGUUUUCUUCCCCACACCAGUCACUGUUGAGCAUCCGAGGAUCUUUGUUCUCACCAAGGCGAAACAGCAGAGCAAGCUUGUUCAGUUUUAGAAAUCGAGCAAAGGAUGUAGGUUCAGAAAAUGACUUUGCAGAUGAUGAGCACAGCACAUUUGAGGACAAUGAGAGCCGAAGGGGCUCUUUGUUUGUUCCAAACAGACAUGGAGAACGAAGGAACAGUAAUAUAAGUCAAGUCAGUAAGUCAUCCAAGACCAUGACAGUGCUUCCAGCAAAUGGGAAGAUGCACAGCACGGUGGAUUGCAAUGGAGUGGUCUCUCUACUUGGUGGCCCGUCUGUUCCGACUUCUCCCGUGGGAUUGCUUCUGCCAGAGGUGAUAGUAGAUAAGCCAGCUUCUGAUGACAAUGGCACAACUACAGAGACAGAAAUCCGAAAAAGAAAGUCAAGUUGUUACCAAGUUCCCAUGGAUCUGCUAGAAGACCCGACAGCUAGACAAAGAGCUCUGAGUGUUGCCAGUAUUUUGACCAACACAGUAGAAGAACUUGAAGAGUCCAGACAGAAAUGCCCCCCAUGCUGGUAUAAAUUUGCAAACACUUUUCUUAUUUGGGACUGCUGCGAAAAUUGGCUUACGGUAAAGCACAUUGUGAAAUUAAUUGUGAUGGACCCAUUCGUUGACCUAGCAAUUACCAUCUGCAUUGUUUUAAAUACAUUGUUUAUGGCCAUGGAACAUUACCCGAUGACCAAGGAAUUCAAUGAUGUUCUGUCUAUAGGAAACUUGGUUUUUACAGGAAUCUUUACAGCUGAAAUGGUUUUUAAGCUCAUCGCCCUAGAUCCAUAUUAUUAUUUUCAAGAGGGCUGGAACAUAUUCGAUGGCAUAAUUGUCAGCCUUAGUUUAAUGGAGUUGGGCCUUGCCAACGUGGAAGGGCUUUCAGUACUUCGAUCAUUCCGACUGCUCCGUGUGUUUAAGUUGGCAAAAUCCUGGCCUACACUGAACAUGCUGAUAAAGAUCAUUGGCAAUUCUGUAGGCGCUUUGGGGAACCUGACUCUGGUGUUGGCCAUCAUCGUCUUUAUUUUUGCCGUGGUUGGGAUGCAGCUGUUUGGUAAAAGUUACAAGGAAUGUGUCUGCAAAAUUGCAGAAAACUGUGAGCUUCCUCGCUGGCAUAUGAACGACUUCUUCCACUCCUUCCUUAUUGUGUUCCGAGUUUUGUGUGGGGAAUGGAUUGAAACCAUGUGGGAUUGUAUGGAAGUUGCAGGACAAUCUAUGUGCCUCCUUGUAUUUAUGCUGGUGAUGGUUAUUGGAAACUUAGUGGUUUUGAAUUUGUUCCUGGCCUUGCUUCUGAGCUCCUUUAGCUCAGACAACCUCACAGCCACAGAUGAUGACAACGAAAUGAACAAUCUCCAGAUUGCUGUGGGAAGGAUUCAAAGGGGAAUAGAUUAUGUCAAAAAAACAAUUCGAGAAUGCAUCCAGAAAGCUUUUGUUAAGAAGCAAAAAGGUCUAGAUGAAAUCAAACCACUGGAGGAACUUCACAACAAAAGGGAAAGCUGCUUAUUCAACCAUAACGCAGUCGAAAUAAAUAAAGUCCUUGAUUAUCACAAAGGAGACAAUGGGACAACUAGUGGAGUAGGCAGCAGUGUUGAGAAGUACAUUAUCGAUGAGAACGAUUAUAUGUCAUUUAUACACAACCCUAGCCUAACCGUAACGGUGCCCAUAGCGGUUGGGGAAUCGGAUUUCGAGAAUCUGAAUACAGAAGACUUCAGCAGUGAGUCUGACCUGGAAGAAAGUAAAGAGAAGCUAAAUAUGACCAGUUCAUCUGAAGGCAGCACUGUUGAUAUCAGGCCACCAGGGGUAGUGGCGGAAGGAGAGGGGGAACCAAUAGAUAUAGAAUCUGAGGAAGCUCUGGAACCAGAUGCCUGUUUUACAGAAGGAUGUGUCAAGAGAUUUCCAAUUUGUUAUGUCAAUAUUGAGGAAAACAAAGGGAAGCUAUGGUGGACAUUUAGGAAAACCUGCUAUACCAUUGUUGAACAUAACUGGUUUGAAACCUUUAUUAUCUUUAUGAUUCUUCUCAGCAGUGGCGCUCUGGCCUUUGAAGACAUCUACAUUGAACAACGAAAAACAAUUAAGACUAUGUUGGAAUAUGCAGAUAAAGUCUUCACCUACAUAUUCAUCCUAGAAAUGCUUUUGAAAUGGGUGGCGUAUGGUUUUGUGAAAUAUUUCACCAAUGCCUGGUGCUGGCUGGACUUCCUGAUUGUUGAUGUCUCUCUUGUUAGCUUAGUAGCUAAUGCACUGGGAUAUUCAGAACUAGGUGCUAUUAAGUCUCUUAGGACACUAAGGGCACUGAGACCUUUAAGAGCCCUCUCUCGGUUUGAAGGAAUGAGGGUGGUUGUGAAUGCCCUAAUUGGCGCUAUUCCAUCCAUCAUGAACGUGCUGCUCGUUUGUCUUAUAUUCUGGCUGAUUUUCAGUAUCAUGGGGGUAAAUCUAUUUGCUGGCAAAUAUUACCAUUGUGUCAACACAACAACUGGUGAAAUGUUGCUUGAUACUCAAGUUAACAACCGAUCUGAUUGUCUACAUUUGAAUGAAAGUGCCCGCUGGAAGAACGUCAAAGUGAAUUUUGACAACGUAGGUGCUGGAUACCUUGCACUGCUUCAAGUGGCAACAUUUAAAGGCUGGAUGGAUAUUAUGUAUGCCGCAGUUGACUCAAGAAAGGUAGAAGAGCAGCCACGAUACGAAGACAACCUUUAUAUGUACUUAUACUUUGUUAUCUUCAUCAUCUUUGGCUCCUUCUUCACUCUCAACCUUUUCAUUGGUGUUAUUAUUGACAACUUCAACCAGCAGAAGAAAAAGUUUGGAGGUCAGGACAUCUUUAUGACAGAGGAACAAAAGAAAUAUUAUAAUGCAAUGAAAAAGCUUGGAUCAAAGAAACCCCAAAAGCCCAUCCCUCGACCACCAAAUAAAUACCAAGGCCUAGUCUUUGAUUUUGUGACAAAACAAGCAUUCGACAUCAUCAUCAUGAUCCUUAUCUGUCUUAACAUGGUAACAAUGAUGAUUGAAACAGAUGAACAAAGUCAAGACAUGGAAAACAACCUGUAUUGGAUCAAUUUGGUCUUUAUUAUUCUUUUCACUGGUGAAUGUAUUCUCAAAAUAAUCUCUCUGCGCCAUUAUUACUUCACCAUCGGCUGGAAUAUCUUUGAUUUUGUUGUUGUCAUUCUCUCCAUUGUAGGUAUGUUCUUGGCGGACAUGAUUGAAAAAUAUUUUGUUUCCCCGACAUUAUUCAGAGUUAUUCGACUUGCUCGAAUUGGGAGAAUUUUGCGUCUCAUCAAGGGAGCAAAGGGUAUUCGUACGUUGCUGUUUGCCUUGAUGAUGUCACUCCCUGCGUUGUUCAAUAUUGGUCUCUUGCUUUUCUUGGUAAUGUUUAUUUACGCUAUUUUUGGAAUGUCCAAUUUUGCCUAUGUGAAGAAAGAGUCUGGCAUUGAUGACAUGUUCAAUUUUGAAACUUUUGGAAACAGCAUGAUCUGCUUGUUCCAGAUCACCACAUCAGCUGGGUGGGAUGGUUUAUUGGCACCCAUUCUUAACAGUGGCGCACCAGACUGUGACCCACAAAUGGAGCAUCCUGGAAGCUCUGUGAAAGGUGAUUGUGGCAAUCCAUCAGUUGGGAUUUUCUUUUUUGUUAGUUAUAUAAUAAUAUCAUUUUUAGUGGUGGUAAACAUGUAUAUUGCUGUUAUUUUGGAAAACUUCAGUGUUGCUACUGAAGAAAGUGCUGAACCACUUGGAGAAGAUGACUUUGAAAUGUUUUAUGAGGUUUGGGAAAAGUUUGAUCCUGAUGCCACGCAGUUUAUAGAAUAUAGCAAGUUAUCUAAUUUUGCUGAUGCUCUGGAUCCACCCCUACGCAUAGCUAAACCCAAUAGAGUUCAGCUAAUUGCUAUGGAUCUCCCGAUGGUAAGUGGAGACAGAAUUCACUGCCUAGACAUUCUGUUUGCCUUUACAAAGCGUGUCUUGGGUGAAGGUGAUGAAAUGGAUGCUUUACGGUUACCAAUGGAAGAGCGUUUUAUGGCAUCCAAUCCUUCAAAAGCCUCUUAUGAACCAAUUACAUCCACGUUACGACGAAAGCAAGAGGAAUUGUCUGUCGUUAUUAUUCAGCGCUGUUUCAGGAAGUAUCUAUUAAGAAAAACAAUUAAAAAGGCUUCUUAUUUAUAUAAGAAAGAAAAACUUGGAGUAAAUAGCUUGCCCAUUAAAGAAGACAUGGUUAUUGACAAGCUUAAUGGAAAUUCCACCACAGAGAAGACAGACAUGACUCCCUCUACCACUUCACCUCCAUCUUACGAUAGCGUGACAAAGCCAGAAAAAGAGAAACAUGAAAAGGACAAAGCUGAAAAGGAAAACAAAAGCAAAGAUGCCAGGGAAAAUAAAAAAUGAAACUGCACAUUUUCAUUUUGCGUGAUAUAUUGUUUACAGCCUGUGAAGAUGACCCAUUUGUGUCAACAGGACUCCUGUAGGAGAUCUAUGCCAAACUGACAGUUGUAACAUAUAUUUACUCAAGGUCAGUGCCUCUAAGACAGUGACCUCUUGUCAAGUGAUAGUAUAACAACCUUGACUGGUGGUUACUGUUUUCAUAACCAGUUGACACUUUACAUAUGGAGAGUCAUGAUGGCUCCUUCACCUGUUGGGACCAGUUAAGGGAAUGCAAACCUAUAAUGUUUGUGUGUUUCACAUAAAACACUGUAGUACAAUACUCGUGUCCACUGUUUGCAUUUCCACUGCCACACUUGCCAUAUGUUUACAAAGAAAGUGUGUUAGUGAAUUAACCAUUUUUAUUUCAUUUGUAGACUGUUUAUUUAUAUAUAUGUGACUAUUUUUGUAAAUGGGUUUUACAGUAAGUCGGGUUAGUGCAAACUUUCAAGGGGAAAUGGUAAGGCUAGGUAGAACAGAGAUGACCACACACUGUAUAUGUGAUGAUGGAAAACAUAGAAAUGCACACAGCUUCUAUAUCUAGAAAAGUAACAACAGUCACUCCCAACUUACUAGAGCACAUAGGCACCAUAAUGCAUCCCAAAUCAGCAAAUGCCCCCAUUUUUUCUACCAUUAAAUAUAUUAAAAUUAUUAAUUUCCAGAUAAUAGCAAUAUAUUUUAAUACCCCUCUUAUAGCCACAAUUAUUUAAUGCCCAGCAAAUGAAAGUAUGUUAUGUUUUAUAGUUUAUAAAUUAUGUUGCAUAGUUAUAUCUCACCAAGGGUGAAACUCACAAAUGGGCCCUAGAAAAGAUUAAAUAUAUCCAAUAAAACUGAGAGCAAAAUGUAUUAUUUUUAUGACUAGGAAUGAAACAUUAUGAAAGGUGACAUUUCAAUGGAGUGCAUAUAUUAAGAUCAAAAAGUUUACAGAGAAAUAAUAAAUAUAGUAUAAAUAAUGAUUAAACUUUAUCAACAAGUGCAAUGAAGGUUUGUUUAAUGAUUAACAAAGUGAUGCGAGGAGACCUACUAUGUUUUAUAUAUGACUACUAUAUGGUUAGAAAGCUAUAAUGGUUCACCUGAAAAUGUUAGCCUUCAAAACAAUCCUGCGAAAAGAAAAAAAAGCAUAUCUAUAUUCAGAACCUGGUAAUGAAUAGUCACAGUCAAAAAACAAGGGCAGUGGAUCAUCCAUGCAAUUUAAGAAGCCUUUGGUAUAACCUCUUCCACCAUUGUAUCUUUUCAUAGUUGAGGUUUGCUCCAAAUAUUUUAGAAAUUUGGGAAAUUCAUGACAUGCUUAUUAAAUCUGGAUUAUGUGGGUUACUGCUGUUUUGAUCCAACAUUUUAUGUUGACAAGUCACGUAUUGAUAUAACCUGAAGGUAUGCACCACUAAGUUGAAGGUACGUCCAACUGAAAUACUACAAUGACACUUAAGCGUGAAACUAAUGAAUUCACACGAGGAGUAAGGGAAACUUAUGAUAAUAAAUGGGUGUCUUCCCUGUGCGACUGUAAUAAUCUGUGGCUUAAAUGCUGAACAAAAUUUCUGUGUAUCACUGUGUCCAAAAUUGAUGGUGUCCUUUCAUUUAGUUUGUGUUGCACAAUAAAAAUGAAUGGUGCAUUACAAAUGUUCCAAGUCGGUCAGUAAUAAAUACCAGUGUUUUGAUAAUAUAUUAACAGCUUGUCUAUAAUGUACUCUAUAGAUACUUAAUACGUUUGGUGUCUAUUAAGUUCAUCAAGCGUUGCCACCACACAGGGUCUCUAUAGGUUCUGCUGGUCGAUAACUUACAUUGAACUGAACCAUUUUGUCAAAUAAAGUAUAUAAAGAAUAUUUCACAUAGGGUAAAACAUUUAGACAUGGGGAGAGUAUCUGUUACGAGGUCCCAUAUUCUAAUAAUUGGCAUGUCAUAUGUAUACAUAAGUAUUUUGUUCAGCCCUUUAUUAAAUAUUUUAAUUCAGUUCCCUUUUCAAUAACCAUAAAACCAUCCGUGCGUUUCAAAGUGUAUAUAAUGUUAAUAUUUUACAUUUGACAACAUGGGUCUGAUAAUCCUGACCUUAUAGUCCAUAGAAUAUCAUCAAUAUACCCCCUAGGGAUUCAUCUUAGUUUUAAUGAAUGAUAGGUAGGUGUUAAUACACACUUACCACAUAAUAUACCAUCAGGUAAAAGCAGUAGGAAAUAGGUUUUAUGGACACUUUCCUGCCAGCAUUGGAACUUCACAAUAGUUUGCUUCAAAUAUAUGCAUUGGUAUGUUCUACAUUCCAUUUGAUGAGUUCCUUCAUCCCUCAUGUGGCCUACAUAGCUUCUCCUUAUUGCAUUUAACCUGAUGAGCAUAAUAUUCUUUUUGAGAAACAGAGAUUUAUAAUGCAGGGACAGAAAAGUGCACAGGAUGGAUAAUUGGGUUGUAGGCUUCAAGGGUUCCUGAAGCUUAUGAUUAUUUCCACCUCUCGAAAUCUGUCAUAUAAUAAUAAAAUAAGUAUCAAUUCCCAGCUGAAACUGCUUUUGCAUGUAUAGAUUGAAAUUUAGCUUACACCUUCUUCCAUUGUAGGCAACAUGCAUGAAUAGCAAUUUCAUCCAUAGCAGCUUAUGGUAGUAGCAGGCCUAUGCUAAAUUAGCUUUCAACUCAAGGCCAGUUCUCUCAGCAACACAUCAUUUUAGGUAUUAAAUAAAGCUUCCAUGCUGUAUUUUAUCCAUUUAUGGGAAUUAUGGUAAUGCCUAAUACAUCCAACAUAUAUUUCUCAUUGAAUAUUUACCAUUUUCCCAUCCAUUUUUUAAGCAAGUUGAUAAAUCAAGACUGUAAAAUCACAAACUCACUCCAUUAUCACCUUGCUUAAAUGCUGUGAAGAUACACUUCCCACCGACUUCUAUGGCAUCUGAGCAGGUUUUAGGUGGCAUCAUUUUCAUCACCUUUCAUUUUUUGUGAUUUUUCUUUUCUUUAAUAAAUCAACAAAUCAUGGUAAAAAUAAAAUCUUGAUUCCGAAUAUUAAAACAUCUGCCCCUUAGUUAUUUUGCUGCAUGUGUUGCUUUACAUUGAAAAUCAGGUAUAUUUUAUAUUUAUAUAUAGGAAAGUAAUACCAAGACUUAUUUUACAGUCGUAUCAGGUGGUCUACUUUGAGUGAGUUAUGGUAAAGAACACAAUAACUGAAUUUACUAUCUUUAUGGGGGUUUAAACAGUUUUUGAAGUUGGCUUCCACUUGUGGCAGGCAGGCGGUAUUGGGUGGCAGGCAGGCGGUAUUAGUGCACAAGAGAAAUAAGGUGGUGAGAGUUGCUAAUAAACAUGUCAGGGCCACAAUAGUGUUUUAAAACACCAGGUCAUCUUAGGUGUAUUAUUAUGUGUAGAAUCUAGCAUUUAAAUAUGAGUAGGUUACAAUGCCACUUUAACUUGGAGUUUUCCUUUAAUACAUUAUAACACAAUGUGAAAGUUGUUUUAACUCACACAAGCAAUAAUUUGCCUAUUUCAUUUGAUGAAAGUGUAUAUUGUAUUUAACCCUCAUGUUUCUUUCAACAAUAUUUUUCCUUAUAUGGAAUUAUUAUGUGAUCUGAUUUCCAGCUGUUGUGAAAUAUGGAUCUAAUAUAUGCACUCUAUCCAAUGAUACUUACUUAGUUUUUUGUUUUCAGAAAAUUUUGUUUCUUCACUGCAACCUAUUUCAUUAUAUUUGAUUAUUUAAUG